AUGGCAAGUAUCACGGACACGGAACUGGAUGAAAUCUACGCCUUUGCGAUACAGCUGGGCAAGGAUGCGGGGAAGAUGCUUAUGGACGCCGCAACCUCUAGGUUCGGCGCCGGAGGCAACAGUGGCCAAGAGUUCUCGGAGAAAGACAACGCUGUAGACAUUGUCACUCAGACUGAUGAGGGUAAGACUCGUGAAAAGAGCUCGCCGUCGCGCGCGGCGAGCCGAGUCAGCUUCCAAUUGGCCCCUGGAGUGUCUCAUUGUCGCUCACGAUCUUCCUUACUAGAUGUCGAAGCCUUCAUCCACCGGUCCAUCUCGAGCAGAUACCCUGAUCACAAAUUUGUUGGAGAGGAGUCCUACUCUAAAGGCACAUCCCGCGAAUACCUCAUCGACGACACAGCGCCGACGUGGUGUGUAGACCCCCUCGACGGCACCGUCAACUACGCACACCUCUUCCCCACAUUCUGUGUCUCCAUCGCCUUCCUCGUCGGCGGCCGGCCCGUCAUCGGCGUCAUCCAGGCGCCCUUUAUGAACCAGCUCUUCACCGCGUGCAAGGGUCGCGGCGCGUGGCUCAACGAGACGACGCCGCUGCCGCUGAUCCGGGAACCCAUACCGCCCAUGCCGGCCGCGGCGCCGAAGGGCUGUGUCUUUUGUUGCGAGUGGGGGAAGGACAGGAGGGACAUCCCCGACGGCAACAUGCACCGCAAGGUCGAGAGCUUCAUGAAUAUGGCCGCCGAAGUCGGGGGUCGGAAUGGUAAGGGAGGCAUGGUACACGGCAUGCGAAGCCUAGGAAGCGCGACUCUGGGCCUGGCGUACACGGCCAUGGGUGGUGUAGAUAUCUGGUGGGAGGGAGGCUGCUGGGAAUGGGACGUCGCAGCUGGUUUUGCGAUUCUCCUCGAGGCAGGUGGUCUGGUCACAACAGCAAACGCGCCCAAAGAUCCGUCCAAUACAGAGAUUCCCGAUGCCCACCUUGGAGGCCGCUUAUACCUCGCUAUCAGACCCGCGGGUCCAUCGUCAAGCGAGACGGGGCGGCAAGGCCAGGAGCGGGUUGUGAGGGAAGUGUGGCGGAGGGUGCGGGAGCUUGACUACACCCGGCCAGGGGUUUAG